GUUUCUCCAGUUGUAUGAACUGGAUCACUUCCUAUGGUUGUGUGAAAAUUGGCUCACUGACUGACGUGAAGGUACGCUGUAGAUAGAUCUGUAGCUGCUCGACUGCUGUGCCUGACAGGGCAAGCUAACAGGAGGUGGGCAGCAUCCUAGUGGCACGACUGUUCCAGGACUGUGAGCGCAUUCCGGCGAGUGUGCAGCGGCAAUCUGAAACAGGUGCUUGCUCAGCGAGUGCAAACGUCUUGGCUGGACAAUCUCUGACGGCGGUGUUCAAAAUCGAACGCCUUGGACGCCCAGGGACGUGCGUGCGGACACUCAGCAGGUCUCAAGUGCAUGACGAGCUGGUCUCGACAGGACUGGAGCUGGAACUGGAGAGUAGACAAACCUGCUAUCACCUGACGGAGUGUAAAAGAUCGAAUGGGAUAUCAGCAACCUAAUCCCUAUUCAAGCCCUUACUAAGUUUAAUGCCAUGGAGUUGGAAUGUCUAUUGCAACUGGGUUUCGUCAUCAUUCUCGGGGUUCUUUCGUACUAAACGGUACCAACAUGGCCACUUUGAGCCAAUCUGCAGGUGUCCUGAUUCGCUACUUGCUUCUCUUCAGUCCCCUGUUCCUGAUUGGAUGCGAGGGUCAGACAGUUUAUCUGAAAGCGAAAAAUACAGGGCAAACAGCACCAUUUACUGUGACAUUCGGAGAUGGACAACUGACACGCGAUGUUAAUAAGUUCUUACCUACUACCUCGGGAUACAGCUUUUAUGUGACAUUCCUUCGACUGGAGAAGACUACGGGCAGUUUUGCUUUGUAUAACCGUAUCAUCCAGUCUGGCUUUUCUGUUGAUCCCUUUAAUGGCGAUUAUCCUCAUCUGACCACAUCAUAUUCUGGACGGUACCAUUGGAGGGUAAUGAAUAGAAACUCUACAGAUACAUAUCAACUCAACAUUGUGGCGGAGCAAAACCGAACCACUGUCAUCUCUCCCACAAUGGUUUUCAGUUACACUGACAAGCAAUAUGAAAUUCCUUGUAAUACUUUGGGUUCGCCAGGCAUGAGUGUCACUUGGACAUCCACUAUAGGUCUAACAACAAAGAGAAUAAACACAACGAAUGGAGCAUUUCCAACGGGACUGUUGGAGUAUGUCAAUUCCACUUUCAGUUUCACCGGGACAGAUUCGGGUAUCAUGUUUAGCAGUGCCCACCCAGCUGGCGCUAUGUUCAACCUGACCUGCACUACUACCUACCCGACCAGUUACAAAUGUAGGUUUGUAGAAGGUCAAAAGCCACAGCCCCCGAAAGGUGUACUGGACCGAUGUGAUAAAGCAGUUGCACCUUUGUCAACAACGUACACCAUCAGCCUGCGAGCUCCAUGUCCCCAGCUCAACGCCUCCCUUGGUUACGUAUACAAUGGUACGCUUUCCAAUGACCCUGGAACUGUUCUUGGCAUUUCGUGUCGUGUCGGCUUGACUAUGGCUAGCAGUACGAGUAGCAUUGACACAAUAACAUGUCAAGGUAAUGGAAUGUGGACUAAUCUUCCAAACUGCACAGUCGUUAUUUGCACUGUGCCAACACUCAUGAAUGGCAUUGCGGAUGGGACAAUUGUGUCCUAUCUUCAGAGUGUGAACUACACGUGUAAUACUGGUUAUAGAAUGAAUGGAUCUGCAACAGCAAGGUGCAGUGCUGAUGGAACUCUACAAAUGCCUACUUGCAACAUUGUCAAUUGCGUUGUGCCAAAUGUCGCCCAUGGCCAUGGUGACAAGAGAGUUCUGUCGUACCUUCAACAAGUGAAUUACACAUGUGCCACUGGUUAUAGUAUAAAUGGAUCUGAAGCGGCAACUUGCGGUGCUAUUGGAAAUUUGACGGAGCCGAAACCUACCUGCAACAUUGUAAAUUGCACAGUGCCAACACUCAUGAAUGGCAUUGCGGAUGGGACAAUUGUGUCUUAUCUUCAGAGUGUGAACUACACGUGUAAUACUGGUUAUAGAAUGAAUGGAUCUUCGACAGCAACUUGCAGUGCUGAUGGAACUCUUCAAAUGCCAAUUUGUAACAAUCUAGCUAUAUUCUUGAUGAUCUAA